GAUUUUAAAUCUCGUCUAGCCCCUGCCAGAUUUAUUUCAUUAAAUAUUAUCAUUUGGCUAGCAAACAGAAAAUGUAUUAACAUGGUACUCGAGCGCGAUUUCUUCUUGUUUGAUCUUUCAAUCUUGUUCCACGUGCUUCGAGGGCAUCCCAAGUCACGUCUCUACAGAUGUCUCCGGAAAGCAGAACGGCAAGGAUGUGCAGUACAAUAUCUCUGACGAUGGUGAUGGUGGUGACGAUGUUGUUCGUGACCUGCACCGCGGCUCCCACCCUCAUUAUCCCCAACAUCAUGGCCGGUGGCGGCAGUAGUAAGAGUGGUAGUAGAAGUGGCGGCAGUAGUAGCGGCAAGGGCGAUGAUGUUGGUCUCUUCAAUGGAUUGGGAAGUUACGACCUGCUCGAUGAUGAAUGGAGAAGCGGUGACAGUGAUGUUGACGACGAUGACGACGACGAUGAUGAAGAAGAGGAUGAUAAUGAUGAUGUUAAUGAAGAAGAUAUUGAUGAUAGUGCUGAUAACGAUAAUGAUGGAGACGACGUCGAACUCAGUGAUACGCACGAACUAAACACGGAACCAUCAAUGGAAAACGGACGAAGGCUCUCACAACGGACCAUCAAACAAUUCAUCGGCGAAAUCAUCCUCAUGAAACAAAUCAUCAUCUCUCUUCUCAAACGACAACAACAACAACGACAGCAACAGUCGCAACAACAACAACAUCAGCAGCAGGAACAGACACAAUCGCAGAAGCAACAACGAUUUCUGUUAAGUCAUGGCGUUAACAAAGUCGAGAAUGAAAAUAAUUUACCAGAGAAAAAACUGUCAUCAUACCAACAGGGCUGGGAGCGUUUUGAAAAAUUGGAAAACAUGGUAAACAAAGGCAUCAAAAGUCUCAUAAAACAAAUCAAGCUCUCCCUCCUAGAACCAUCCAAACACGACGACGACGAAAAUAAAAUAACUUUGCGUCGCAAUCAUCAAAGACGCAAUAAGAAACAUAAUCACGAAAAAAAUUUAAGAAAGCUGAGCGAGGUUCACAGCCACCUACUGAAGCAUUACCAAACACUGACCAAGCAGGACCGCGACCACCAGCGUCCAAGACCAAGGCGGCACAAGAGACAUGAGAGCCAGCCGAUCAACAACUUGGUGGCUUCGGGUUUUGAUUGCUGGUUCGAGUUGUGCAUGUCCCUGAACCUCUCUAACUGCGUCGUAGAGUGAUUGAUGAUUACUUCAUUUCCAGGUCUAAACGGAGAAAAAUUAGAUCACUGGAUGAUAUUAAAUACGUCACGCGCAUCAAUUUAACUUAAUAACAAAUUCGAUUCAAAAAAUACUCGGUACAGUGUUUCUUUUUCAUUAUGUAAGUAUCGUGGCUCCGUACAUUGAUGAGUUUGUUUAUUUUAUUUUAGUUAAAAUUUUUGUAGACAACAUCUUUAUUAGGAGUGCUUAUUCUUGUAGAAGUU